AUGGAACAUGAUAUUUUUUUUGAGAAGUUGUGGAGCGAAUUAAAACAGAUCUUGAAGCUUAUGGUAUUAACCGCUCCGACCCAGCUGUUUAUUACCCUCCCGAGUGUGGUGUGCUACAUGCUAGCCGGACAUGUCAGUAACGACGAUUUUGACGCUGUAGGAUUAGGACAGUCUUUUCUCAAUGUGGCAUUUUCAGCAUCAAAUGGAAUGGCGAUGGCGUGUGAAAUAUUCUUAUCACAAGCUAAUGGAAGUUCCAAACGAUCUGCGCUUGGCCUUGUAGUUCAACGCUGUCUUGUCAUAUCUCUCCUUCUGUUUCUUUUGGUUGCUUCCAUGGUGAUUCAUUUUCCUGCUGCACUUGUACUGCUUGGUAAGAGUGAACAAUUUGUCGACAACGUACGGAACUUUAUCUAUGCGUGUUUACCAGGACUUUUGGGAUAUGCUGUAAUGAUAAUUGAAAUGAAAUAUUUACAGUGUCAGAAGAUAGUAAAGCCAUGCGUUAUUGUUGGAAUAAUAGUGAAUGUUUUACACAUUGUAUAUGCUCUGCCGCUUACAGUAUGGUCCGGAUUGGGUGCUACAGGAUCUGGUAUAUCCCUAAGUAUAACCUAUUGGCUUUGGUCUCUUAUUUUAUUUGUAUACAUUAGACAAAGCGAUAUGUACCAAGAAACCUGGAGACCAUGGUCUAUGGAAGCUUUACAGCAUUGGAAAAGUAUUCUGAAAACUGCAGUUCCGUCAAUUGUAUUGAUUAUGUUAGAACUUAUAUGCGUGGAAAUUUUUACAGUACUUUCG